GUUAUCUGUUAAUAUCUGCGCCAGUGUUAGAGUGACUUGAUUCAAUGGACUCCACAAGGACUAGAGCGUUGGUUUGCGGUUUAGUGAUAGCAUUGGCACUUGAUGUGGAAGCCGUGCUUCAAGCUAAAACUGGAAGCAAGCAGGAGAAUGUUCCAUUCGAUGAAGGAGCCCUGAUUGAUCUUGGUGAUAUAAACAAUGAGCCACUUCCGGAAUAUUACGCCGCUAGAGCGGAGAAGAAAAUCAUCAGCAAGUUCUGGACUGACCUAGAAAAGAGAAGGAUGGCAAAGCUCAAGGACUGCGAGGCUUCUCUGUGGAACAAAACACAGAACGUCUGGCCUGUGGACGAGAGUCUCGCUGUCAACGAGAUGCCAUUGGACAUCAAUAUGCAUGUGGAAAAGUUAGUUCCUGUCUACGAGGGCCAAGCAGUGGUUCGCGAUAUUGAGACAUCACUGUUAGAGUGCUUCAGUGCCUUCAGGAAGGCGAACGGAAAGGAUACGCCAGUGCACAGAAAAAUUGAUGAUUUGGUCAUCAAUGUCAGCCAGCAAAUAGACCAACUUGACGCCUGUCGCUCGGCAGGGGGAACUGCGCCACCAUUUGAGAAGACUUUAAACUCCCUGAAAAGGAUCAAAGUUCAGGCAGACAAAGCCUUGUAUUACUCGGAGGUUGAGGCACAGCUAGAGAGCACUGUUCUCAAGCUGAUACUGGACAAGCAGACCUGCUUCGCUUCUCUUGGUCUCCCAGAAACUAUGAAAAAAGAACUGGAGUAUCCUGUUUUAUCAGGCAGCUCAUAAUUUCACAGAAAAACUGUUCAAAGUUUUUAAUCUCUCCUCAAAGUAAAAAAAUAACCAAAAAAACAAAUGCUU